AUGGAAAAAUGCACCAAGUGCCCAGAUGAUAAAUAUCCAACCAAGAACCGAGUCCAAUGUAGCCCCAAAAUUAUAACCUUCCUGUCUUAUGAAGAAGAUCUUGGCAUCAUCUUGGUCUCUUUUGCCCUACUCUUCUUUCUCACAACGGGCUUUGCUUUAAUCAUAUUCUUUAAAUACUUAGAAACCCCCAUUGUCAAAGCCAACAACCCGGACCUCUCCUACAUCCUUCUGGUCUCCCUCAUGCUCUGCUUCUUGUCCUCCUUUCUCUUCAUUGGUCGACCAAGGAAAGCCACCUGUCUUCUCCGACAAACAGUGUUCAGCAUCAUCUUUUCAGUAGCUGUGUCUUCUCUGUUGGCCAAAACAAUCACAGUGGUGCUGGCCUUCCUGGCCAUAAAACCGGGAAACAGAGUGAGAGGAUGGUUGGGAAAGGGUUUGGCCAACUCCAUCAUCCUUUUUUGUUCUGCUGGACAAAUUAUUAUCUGCUCCAUCUGGCUUGCAGUUUCUCCCCCAUUCACUGAUUCUGAUCUCCACUCCCAGCCUGGAGAGAUCGUCCUUCAGUGCAAUGAAGGCUCUGUCACUAUGUUUUAUGUUGUUCUUGGAUACAUGGGUUUCCUUGCUGCCAUUUGCUUCACGGUGGCUUUUCUGGCCAGGAACCUGCCUGGUGCGUUCAAUGAAGCCAAACUUAUCACCUUCAGCAUGCUGGUGUUCUGUAGUGUCUGGGUCUCCUUCCUGCCCACCUACCUGAGCACAAAAGGAAAGUCCAUGGUGGCUGUGCAAGUCUUCUCCAUCUUGGCCUCCAGUGCUGGGCUGUUGGGCUGCAUCUUCUUCCCCAAGUGCUACAUUAUCAUCCUAAGACCAGAUCUAAACACUAAGGAGCAGCUAAUGAUAAAAGUAGGGAAAUGA